AUGUUGAUGAAGAUAAUUAUUCUACAAACCUCUAUGUUGGAGAACUACAUCCCACCUCUCCACACUAAGAACUACAUCCCACCUCUCCACACUAAGAACUACAUCCCACCUCUCCACACUAAGAACUACAUCCCACCUCCCCACCCUAAGAACUACAUCCCACCUCUCCACACUAAGAACUACAUCCCACCUCCCUACCCUAAGAACUACAUCCCACCUCUCCACACUAAGAACUACAUCCCACCUCCCUAUCCUAAGAACUACAUUCCACCUCCCCACCCUAAGAACUACAUCCCACCUCUCCACACUAAGAACUACAUCCCACCUCCCCACCCUAAGAACUACAUCCCACCUCCCCACCCUAAGAACUACAUCCCACCUCCCCACCCUAAGAACUACAUCCCACCUCCCCACUCUAAGAACUACAUCCCACCUCCCCACCCUUAG